UAGAUUACAUAUUAUGCUAUCAGACAUAGCUUAAUAACAAACAAGCAAGUAAGUGCACAUGUGAGAAGCACUCAACAAUUAGUAACAGCAUGAGUCAAAGUCCUUUGGUUAGUCUUUAUUGCCACCAUAAACCUGAUCCCCUUCAGAGUCCACAUCCCAAACAAAGCAGAAGCAUUCAGUCACUCACACUUUCUAUUAUAAUGGAGAAAGUGCUCUUUCUGCUUGGACUUGUGGCUUUGACCACAUCAUUCACUAUUCCACAUUCCAGUGAUGUACACGAGGUGUAUGAGAAUGGCGAGGAUGAGAACCCUCUCCUAAACAUAAAUUCUGAUGAAAACCUCUUUGAGGGAGACAUUUUGAUUCCUAAAGGAUGGAAUGCCCUGACUGACCAAAAAUAUAGGUGGAAAUUUCCAAUUCCUUACAUUCUUGGGGAUGAUUUAGAUCUGAACGCCAAAGGCUGUGUCCACCAGGCGUUCGAGAUGUAUCGUCUCAAGUCUUGUGUCGACUUUAAGCCAUAUGAGGGAGAAAAGACUUACAUCAAGUUUGAAAAAAGGGGAGGGUGCUUCUCCAGCGUUGGUGACCAGCAGAAUGGUCAGAUCUUGUCUUUAGGAAGUGGCUGUGACCAUAAGGCUGUGGUUGAACAUGAGCUUCUGCAUGCUCUCGGAUUUUACCAUGAACAGUCUCGUACAGACAGAGAUGACUAUGUGGACAUUUGGUUGGACCAAGUGACACCAGGGCUUGAGCACAACUUCAACAAAUACAAUGAUGACUUCAUCACCGAUCAAAACACAGCGUACGACUACGAGUCUGUCAUGCAUUACAGACCCUUCUCCUUUAACAAGAAUGAAUCCAUUCCCACCGUCACCACAAAAAUCCCGGAGUUCUACAACAUCAUUGGCCAGUACCUUGACUUUAGCAAGAUGGACACCCUCAGGCUCAACCGAAUGUAUAAUUGUUCUGGCCCUCUGACCCUUCUGGAUCAGUGUUCCUUUGAGUAUGCAAGCAUCUGUGGGAUGAUCCAGUCUUCUACUGAUGAUGCUGACUGGGUCCAUAUGAAGAGUAGCAUUGGUGAUGAGGAUCAUACGCUUCUAGGAAGGUGCAGAGAUGCUGGGUACUUCAUGUACUUCAACACCAGGACUGGAGAGCCUCUGCAGUCUGCUUUGCUGGAAUCCCGAACCCUUUACCCUAAAAGAAAGCUCCAGUGUCUGCAGUUCUUCUACAAGAUGACUGGAAGCUCUCAAGACAGGCUGGUCAUAUGGACCAAGACGGAUGAUGGCACAGGCACUGUCCGGAGAAUGAAGAAAAUACAUACCUUUUAUGCGGAUUCUGAGCACUCAUGGAAGAUCGGCCAUGUUCCAUUGGAAGUAGGGGUUAAAUUCCGCUAUGCUUUCCAAGCCGUACAUGGAGACCCCACUGCUUCCAUUGGAGGCAUCUACAUUGACGACAUCAGCCUGACUGAGACACGCUGUCCAAAUGCUGUUUGGACAAUCCAUAACUUCUCCAAGAUCAUAGAAACUGCUGAUGUCAACACUGUUAUUAAUAGCCCUCGUUUCUACAGCCGAGAAGGCUAUGGUUAUGGCAUACGUGUCAUACCUUUGUCCAGUUACAGUGAUUACACUGGGAACUACGUUGGACUCUACUUCCACCUGGCCAGUGGGGAGAAUGAUGCUGUGAUGAAGUGGCCGGCUGUAAACCGACAAGCCACCUUGGUAGUGAUGGACCAAGACCCAGAUAUUUUGCAAAGGAUGUCUUCUGCCCGCAGUCUCACCACUGAUAUGAGGACAACGUCAGAUGGACAGUUCCUUUGGGACAAUCCCUCCAAGGUGGGCAAGUACGACCCCUACUGUGAUUGCUACAGAGGUGAAUCAUGGGGCUGGAGGAACUUCAUCAAGUAUUUUGACCUCAGGCGACGCAAUUAUCUGAAGGAUGAUGACCUCAUCAUCUUCACUGAUUUUGAAGACUUAACAUCACUCAUCAAAACAGAGGUUCCUAUUGUGUCACUUGAGUAAGGCCAUAAAGGCUAUUAUAAUGCAACAUUGCAAUUGGACGGAGUACAUGCAGCUGGAAUGAGGACAAACAUCUAUGACGAUAACGGAACAGGAAGUGUUAGAUGAUAUGUUAUUAAAAUGCAUUAUAAAAUGUCAAUAAAAGGCUUAAACAAAA